AUGUGGAGUUGCCAUGGGCUGCUGGUCUUGGCAGCUGCGAUACGUGGUGUUUAUGCAGAGAUCGCCUUAGGUGCGAUCGCAGGCUGGACAAUCGUGGACUCAGGGGAGCUCAUAGCCACCAUCGCAGCAAUCAUCGAUUACCGGAAGCACUGGGAUGCGUCUUUGGCUGCGCGGUUUGGCCCGCCUGUUGUGGACAUCCCGGGUGGCGUACAUGCGGACGGGCGGAAUGUGUCGCUGCGCAUCGGGACCUCGCACCUGCAGCCUGACGUGGGCUUGGCAACGGCUUUGGACAUGAUGCUGGGCCUUGAUGGAGCGCCGCCAGCCGUGGGCCUGGUAGGAGCCCGUGCCUCGUCGGUUAGCGGCCCCGUCGCUACGCUGGCGGCCGUGCGGCAUGUGCCACAGAUAUCUUUCGGCUCUACCAACCCGGCUUUGUCCAACAAGGCCGUUUAUCCAUACUUCCUCCGCGUGGUACCGCCGGACACGGUGCAGGGCUUGGCGUUGUGGAGCUGGAUCCUGCAUUUCGAUGCGCCCUUGGCAAUUUGCUUGUAUUCCACGGAGCCUUUUGGUCAGGGGCUCUUGGGUGUCAUCGAGGACUUGGCACGUGAAGAGCAGCAGCCAGACCGCGUGAAGGGCCACGCGCUGCAGUACACCCCCCAGGGCAUCUCGAGGGAGGAUGGGGCCAAGGCAAUCCAAGAGUUGAAACUCCUGGGCUCUCGCUUCGUCAUCCUCGCCCUCGAGCCUAGCAUGGCUUCGCAGAUCAUGCCGGUCUUGAAAGAUCAGGGUUUGCUCGGCCCUGGCUGGCAGCUGGUGGGUACCGACACAAUUUCUGCGACAGACCCCCUACUGCCGGUCGGGUUCCAGACGUUUCUUCCCUACGGAAAAGGCUCGCGGUUUCCCGAUUUCCAGAGUUUCUGGUCCCGGCUGGUGCCCGAAGACAUCAUCGGCCCAGAGGCAAGGCAAGAGUAUCGGCUGGAUAUGAUGCAGAGGCCUUUGUCAGACGAUUUCGUCAUUGACGUCAUGGCCGAGAACGCCGAUGGCAACUCUUGGCAAGCUCUCGCCUUUGAUUGUGUCUACUCCUUCCUAGUAGCGAUCAACCAGCUCCUGCAUAAAGGCCACAAGGAGAACGAAAUUAAGGGGGAGUUGCUUCUCGAGGAGCUGCGAAAUGCGAGAUUCACCGGAGUUUCCGGCCACAUCACCUUCAACGAGGAUGGCGAUCGAAUGGGCGAGUACGAGCUCUUGAACGUGCAACUGGGCAACUCCGGGUCUUUGGAAGCCUUGGGCGCCGCCAUCUUCAGCGCGCAGACGCGGAAGUUCACCUUCCGGACUGCCCUGGUUUGGAUGGACGGAUCCACGGGUGAGCUGCCACCAGAGAGCCUCUCGGCGUGCGAUCCCGGCUUCUACAAGGACGAGACCCAGCAGUGCAAGAUCUGCCCGCGAGGAACCCAGUGCCCUGGCGGCUCCAGUGGUCUGGCCACGUGCCCCAGAGGGGCCUUCGCCAACAGCACUGGGAUGUCGAAUUGCACGCUCUGUCCCAGAGGCACCUUCGCCAGAGAUGUGGGCUCCUUCGAGUGCAGUCCUUGCCAAGAGGGUUACGAAGCCCCUGGCAUGGGCUCAGAGACCUGCACCAGGUGCGAGUCUGGCAGUUACAUGCCGAACACCCGGGGCAUCCAAUGCCUGGCUUGUGGCAAGCAGCAGAUCACCCGGGAGAGCGGCGCGGAGUCGAGGGACGACUGCCUCUGUGCAGAGGACACCUUCAUGUGCGACAAGGGCUUCGACGCCGGGUGCAAGGGCUGUCCGGACGGCCUGGACUGCCCGGCGGGCCUCGAGCCACCCCUGCAGCAAGCGGGAUACUGGGCGGACCCCGUGGCCUUCAUGGAUUCCAGCACCUGUCAUGCAUCAGUCUUGCGCUGCCGGAACAGGAACGAGUGUCCUGCAGGCGCGCUGGGCUUGUGUGCCAGCGGCAGGGAGGGUUUGGCCUGCAACAACUGCCAGAGGAGCCAUUACCCGGUGGAGGAUGGGCCGGACACGGGGACCUGCCAGCCCUGUGGGGACGGUGAUGUCCUCCCGGGCAUCUUGCUGAUCGUCUUGGUGCCUCUCUGCCUCGUGGCCGUCAGCACGAUGAAGAUGGAGCCGAGCCAGCUGAGUUUCAACAUGCUUACUGCGGCGGCAGUGGCGAGCCAGUUGAUUGUGGCUAUCCAGGCUCUUGGCUCCAUGCAGCAACUCUCCAUCGAGUGGCAGCAUCCGGUGAAAGCCCUCUUGGAAUUCACGGACAUUCUGACCCUCGAUUUCGACUUCGUCCGCAUUACUUGUCUUUCUGGGACAGACAGCCCGGUUCUCAAGUUCAUCAUGCGGCUCCUCGCUUGUCCGGCUCUUUGCCUGAUCCUCUUCAUGUCGUGGUUUCUGGCCAAGCUCGUAGGGCGGCCGAAGCCCUUGGACUCUCUCCUCAAUCUCUGCGGCAUUUGCCUCUUUGCCUUCUUCCUGUCGAUCACCCUGGCAACGUUGAGCCCUCUGCGUUGCGUGCCAAAUCCCAACGGCACCAGCUCCCUGAUCACUGAUCCAGGCAUCAUCUGCUAUGUGUCGGAUGAGCAUCUUUGGCUAGUAGGGUUGGCAGCUGCAGGCGUUCUGAGCCAACCAGUGCCGAUACUCGCAUGGGCGACUUAUGCCACCGUCAUGUAUCCAUCACGGGUUGCCAGUGGCCGAGCUCUUCGUCGCGUCAACCGCUAUCGCUUCCUUUUCCACCGGUUCAAGCCAGAGAAGUACUACUAUGGCCUGGUGUUGCUGCUUCGCAAUGGCCUCGUGGCUACUCUGCCCAUCGUGACGGUGGAGUUGCCGGAGCUCCAGGUGCCUUCCAUGGGCUUGAUCCUCCUGGUUUCCGGGGCGCUUCAGGCGAGGACGUAUCCUUGGCGCACGGAAACCGCGAACCACGUGGAGCUGAUAUUGAUUGGCCUCCUGCUCCUUAUGCUGCUGGCCGCUGCGCCGUUGCUCAGCCACGAUCGCGAUCGGUCCUCCACCCUCUUGGGCUGGAUCCUUUGCCUGCCGGUGAUCGGAGUUCUCCUGGUCGGGUCUCUGGCGCUCUUCCGAGCACUGGCACGGCAUUUGUAUCGCCGACGGCUGUACGGCAUCUUCCUCUGCCAUCACAAGGGUGGCGCCGGCAGUCUCUGUCGUCUGUUGAAGAUCUUGAUCGCUAGAAAAACGGAGACGCGAGUGUUCUUGGAUUGCGACCAACUCGAGAACUUGGACUUCCUCUUCGACAUCGUUCGCACGGCUACAAGGAGUAUCGUCGUGGUGCUGACAUCAGAGGUGCUCAAACGAGUUUGGUGUGCGGGCGAGAUUGCGACGGCGUUCAAGAACGGGGUCACCACGGUCCCGCUGCAGUGCGACGGCUACAUCCCGCCAACAGAGGAGGGACGGGAGCUGAUCCUGUCUCUCUGGACCAAGCAGCAGAAGCAAAUGCUCGCUAGCUACGGCAUCACCGACGAAGCGAUUUUGGCUGCGUACCACUGGUUGCAGGAAGAGUUGGAACCCAUCAAAAUGCCUCGGUUCGGGCCGGUCGCGGACAGGGAAGAAGCAGUUUGGGAGCUUUUGGGGCGUGGUGGCAUCCUCACAGGGGGGAAGCUGCUGCGUUCGCUGAGUCUAAAGCCGAGUAGCUCGAGGAGUAGCUUGUCGACCGCGAGAGCUCGAAUUCUGAUCAUGAGCUCUGUCUCGGAUGCCGAGUGCCUUUCCUCCUGCGAAGUCUUCCAGCUAAUGUUGCAGGCGCAGCUCCGUGUCGAGUGCACCGUGGUGCAAAAUCGACGUCAGAUGUUGAAGUGGAAACCCUUUGCGUACUACCUGGUGGUGCUGCUUUUCCGCGGCAUCUUCUCGGAUUCGGGAUUCGCGCGACUUCUCUUGGCGGCUUUUUCACCACCGGGACGGUCUUUGGAGGUUUUGACGCUCAUCGCUGAUGUGCAGUUCGAGUUUCCAAGUUUUGACCUUGACCACAAUCCGACGAUCGAUCCGGACAUGGAUGCCGACGACGUGGCCGAUCAGAGGCAGCUACUCCAGGCUUAUAAGAGCCUCGUCACAGUCCUCGCACUUCCCUUCUCACCACUUGCCUCAGAAGGUCUGCAAACGAGGCAGGUGGCCGAGAUAGCCGGCAGGAUGCACCGAUACAAGGAUCCAGCAUCGGCAGCUUCGCGUGACGAGGCAGAUGACAACUUCACGAUGAAACAGAUCGAGGAACAAAACUGGUACCACGGUGCGUCACAGGUGACGAAUCCUGAGGAUGACGUUCCGACGAGGAUUAGUUUCUCCUCAGGGAGCCUUGCUUUGACCGACGGAUCAACCAAGCUGUCUUUGUGA